AGCACGCGCCCGGCGGUCACACGUGGCCGCUCCGCCAGCUGCUUCCGGGUCACAGGUCAUGUUACUCCCAUCAUGGCGGCCUCCAUGUGCGACGUGUUCUCUUUCUGCCUGCAGCCGGCGCCGGCCCGGGGGGUGCUGGAGAUCCGCCACAUCGGCGGCGGCAAGGGAAAGGGGCUGUUUGCGACCCGGGGUAUACGAAAAGGAGAAACAAUAUUUCAAGAGAAGCCUCUGGUGUCCUCUCAGUUCCAGUGGAACGCGCUAUACCGGUACAGAGCCUGUGACCACUGCAUGCGAUCUCUGGAGACGGCGAGAGAGAAUGCACAGAGACUUUCCGGAAAUGUCCAUGUGGUUCUCCCAUAUCCGGAACUUUGCACAAUCCAAAACGGGCUCCACCAGCAAUGCCCGCAGUGCCAGGUAUCCUACUGCAGUGCCGACUGCCUGAAAUCAGCCAAGGAGCAAUACCACCAGGUCCUGUGUCUCGGGUCUGCUAGGGACAACCCUGCACAUCCCCUCAACAAACUGGAGGAAGCUUGGCGGAACAUCCAUUACCCUCCGGAGACAGCUAGCAUUAUGCUGAUGGCGCGGAUGGUGGCUACCAUUAAACAGGCCAAGGACAAGGACCUGUGGCUACAACUCUUCUCUCAGUUCUGUAACAAAACCGCCAACGAGGAGGAGGAGAUUGUCCACAAGCUGCUCGGAGACAAGUUCAAGGGGCAGCUGGAUCACCUGCGGCGCCUGUUUACAGAAGCGCUGUAUGAGGAGAGAGUGAGUCGGUGGUUUACCCCCGAAGGCUUCCGAUCUUUAUUUGCUCUUGUUGGAACCAAUGGACAGGGGAUUGGCACAAGCUCUUUGAGCCAGUGGGUCCACGCGUGUGAUGCUCUGGAGCUCCCGGCACAAGAGAGAGAGCGGCUGGAUGCCCUGAUAGACCAGCUGUACAAGGACAUAGAGAAAGAGACCGGGGAGUUCCUGAACUGUGAGGGUUCCGGCCUGUACAUGCUGCAGAGCUGCAGUAAUCACAGCUGUGUGCCCAAUGCUGAGGCCUCCUUUCCUGAUAAUAACUUUCUCCUGCACCUGACUGCUGUGGAAGCGAUCCAGCCUGGAGAGGAAAUUUGCAUUAGUUACCUGGACUGUUGCCAGCGAGAUCGGAGCCGCCACACCCGACACAAGAUUCUCAGGGAGAACUAUCUGUUUGUCUGUUCCUGCCCUAAGUGCCUGUCGCAGUCUGAGGACCCGGAUGUGACCUCGGAGGAGGAAGAGGAGGAGGAGGAAGAGCUGGAGGGCGAGGCGGAUGAUGCGGAGCUGGAGGAUGAGAUGACGGAUGUGUGAUGAGCCUUAACGUCACGCAUGUCUGUGACGCCCUCCUUCACGCCCGUCUUACUGCCUCAUCCCAGCCGCCUUCACGCCCCGUUUGCCCAAUAUGAAGCACUUUGAUUGGCUGCGCCUGUUGCCUCGGGAACGCUGUUCAUGCUAGCUCCUUUCUGCAUAAUUAACUGGUGGCGGCAAAGCUGCAUAAUUAGCUGGUGUGCGGCUGUACCCCGGGAUCUGAUGGAGGAGACCGGUCCGUGGGCGCCAGAUGUUUACAUUUUCCUUCAUACUCUCCACCUUAUCAUCAAGCGAAAGAAUCGGCAAUCCACGCACUGAAUGAUUUAUUUGCAGCCUUCCUGUACCAAUCGUGUUUGACGGUCUUGCGCAGCCGGCAUGUAUUGCGGCUAUUCACCGUUGUCACCUGACGCCCUGGCAGUGACGUCUUCACCCAAAUCCUUGGAAUCCCCUCCCCCCCAUUACCGCUGCUCUGAUAUUUCCAUAUAUAUAUACAUCAAACCCGGCUUCUCACCUCUAAAGUGCGCUCGUCACCUGCCACAUCAGGAGACGGCACGUGGAGUGUUUUGUGAUGUCACCAGCUCCUAGGGGAGUGAUUGGAUCAAUUCCCGAUUUGGCAAACCACAAGACGAACACUGUGACGGGUGCACUUUAAUUAGAGAGGUGCGUGGUGAGUGGGGGCUGCAUGUUUUAUCUACUGCCCCCUAGUGGUGGAUUACAUCUGAGAAGUGAUGUUGGAGCUUUUCCGUCUUGGAGGGGUGACUCCGCCGUCCCCCACGUCCCAAUUUUAUAUUUAAUAAUGAAUUGUAAACAUUUCCUCUAAUUCAUAGAAAUCCCAGGUUUAUGCAGGGUGUUUGCACCCGUGUUCGGUGCCUUUACAGGAACAUUCUCCCGCCCCUCCUUCCACAGCUGUUCUUGUGUAGGAUGGAAGAAUCCUUUUCUUCCACGGUCUCUGUUUAGCAAUUAGGAUAGAAGUAUUCACGUAAUUCAGCAGCAUGACUUGUAAUCCAGCUCUGGUCACCUUGGUUCUGGAGAAUGCUCUUUGGUACAUUAUCACACAGUAAAUCUAGACCUGUGAGCAUACACUCAUUAUGUGCAGCGUAUGCUGUCAUGGUUUGUUAUACUAGGACUGUUCCUUUCAUAUCUGGUUUGUGGAUCGCUACUGGUCCUGCCAUUACCUUAUUAGCCACAUGGUGGCAGUAGCACUCAUCCUGUUGUUCUGCUGAUGCAUUACAGAACUUCCCCUGCUACAUGGUAACGUGCUGUAUGGGGGUACGGUAGUGUUAAUAUCGCAAGCAGCGCCAUACAGUACUACUCAUCAGCUGACACAACCAGCUAAUGGGCUCCGUAAUGCUGUGAUCACAUAGACACCCCCUGUGCGUAAUCUAUUUAAUUAAACCAUCCUCCGUAUGGGACAGGGGUGUAGAAAUGAAUUAUGGGUACAGAGCUCAUUUGUACGUGUCCGUUAUGGGAUGGACAAUGGGAGUAACUGCAGACUGGGGAUGCAGAAACGGCAGCAUCACUUCAAUGAUCAAAUCCCGCAGGUGCCGCUGUCUGUAACCACAGGGGUGGAUCACCGUGUGCGACACGGGGGUAUAUUUACUACGGUGCGGGUUUAUAGAAGUGCAAAUGUUGCCUAUAGCUACCACCCAGAUUCUACAUAUCAUUUCUCUAAUACCUUCUAGACGAUAACAGCUAGAAUCUGAUCCACUUUUAUAAACCCACACCUUCGUAAAUACACCCCCGAGUCUCAGAAUUACCGUUGUAGCCAGGAAAGGUUUUGUCCUCUGUAGUUAGGAAGAAAUAGGAGAACCGGUAAGAAAAGUGAUGUAGUAAUUUAUAUACAGUAUGUACUAGCGAUUUAUAAGCUGGUGGGGACUCCUAACACAGGAGCAGGUACUACGCUGUAAUUGUCUCCCCAGUGUCUGCAUGCUGGUCUGGACCCUGCUAGUGAUUAGGCUCCGUCUUGAGAUUGUUUGAUUUGUGUAAUUCUGUGUAUGUUAGACAUGAGUAGGUUAUCUAUAAAACUGCGUAAUAAUCACAAUAUUACACUAUAGGAAGAAGACUUUAUCCAUGUGGGAAAAAUCCAGCUUUACCUUAUGGAGAACCCAACAUUGAAACUCCUAACCCCGUCCCCCCCGAUCUCUAAGUCAUUCAGAUCUCGGGUGGAGAGCAAUCUGGCUUGGUUGGGGCCUGCCACUCUUCUAGUCUACAACACUCCCCCCCCCCCCCCCACACACACACACACAUUUACCAUGCCCCAUGGACCACUUAUCUCUCUGCGCUACUCUCCAGUCUGAUAAAGACAUAGCCAAGUGCUCAGUCCUAUCAACUCCAUGGUUGAUCUGGAUCGAUAGUACAGCACCAGGUAUAGUAGGUUCUAGACCAGUUUUUCUCUACUGCAGUUCCAUGCAUCCUCGAACAGGAAAUAUCUUCAGGACUUCAGUCUGUGCGGAGAGAGGACAAUCGCUGACAAAGCAGAGCGGACUUGUCCAGGCAAGUCGAUGAUCCCCUUUGUGUGAUUACUCGAAUCCUGAAAAGCAAAGCUGUUUGGAGUGCAUGAGGACUGGAGUAGAGGAACACUAAUCUAGCAUGUGUGCCUAUUCUCCAGUAUUCUUGGUGCUGUACCCAAUGUCCUCUGGCACAUUCAGACUCCCUCCGUUCCUUUGCCUCCCUCCACACCACCUCUUCUCUAAGCUUUGCAUCGCACCACUGUCUAUCCAGCCCUCUUGUCCUCUGAGCACUACUACGUUGUCUCUCCAGAUCACACCCAGCCUAAGGCCCUGUAGGACUGGAGGUUGUACUGUGAUUCUAGACCCUGUUGCACUUGUAUACAUGACACCUACAACUAUGCAAGCAAUAAAGACAUCUGUGAGACCGGC